GCCAUUACCAGAGGUUUGCGGAGGCCCAUCACAGCAACUUUCGGCUUCUCAAACAUUGAGAAUGUUUGCGAGAGAGGAAAUGACUUAUGAUCAAUGCUGUAACAUGCUGCAGCUAUCACAAUCAUGCAACAACUGCGGGGCGUAUACGUCCUAAUCUUACUCGCAUGCGUUACUCUCAGCGUGACCGCCAUGACCAUGCUAUUAAAAGCGCCUCCGGCAAACACAUCGAUAACGGCUGCAUUCGCAGGCUUCUUUCUCUCUUCAUCUGCGAUCACAACGCCCUUCAUCUUAAUCAUCAGUUAUGCUCUCAUUCGCAUCUGAUGGCUCUGGCAAUUUCCCUAGCUCUAGUCGAAUCAUUGCAUGGAUCCCGGUUUUUCUCCUAGAUUGUGCGUUCGUUCAGCUGAUUGUCGGAGCGGCUUUGUUUUCUACGGAAACACAAGCGUGGCAUUUUGCCGCUAUCGUCUGUCUGUGGGCUGGGUUGUUAUUCAUGGCGACCGUGGGUACAGCUGAAUGGAUUGCCGUGGAAACCAGAUCGUUCAACAUUCCCAGCCAUUCAAUGAUUGAGCGCAUCGAUACAGAUCUUUCUGUACGCAACUUUAGUUGCGGAAAGUGGCACCCGCGUCAUACAAGGUGUCAUGCGUUAUCCCUUUGUGACUCACACGGGCUUUCGGGAAGCAAGAAUAUCAACAAAGAUGGAGAAUGUGUAGAUAAUCAUGCGAGUGCUGACUAGCUAAGCCGGGA